CUUGCGUCCUCCACUGGUCUGCCUCGCGCACGCGCUCGCUCCCACGCCCCACCCACAACGGCGAGCUCCUCCCUUCCCUCCGGCAGCGGCGGUGCCGAUAAGGCAUAUAUUACAGCAUGCAGGGGAAUCCUUUUGAGUGCAAAAGCUGUGUAUUUACACCCAGAGCUGCAAUGGGUUCCAGUGGUCAUGCACUUCAUGAUGCAAAUAGGAUCCACAGUUUGGGAUUUGGCAGUUCUUCAAAGGAUUGGGAUAGAAUUCGUCUGCGCAAGGCCCAAUUGAUCAACUUCCUUUCUACGCUAACAGAACAAAAAGAAAAGGCUGACAUGAUAGUUCUUGAUUCAGAUGAUGAGAAUGGAAACAGGUCAGGAUACAAUAAGUUGGCAUCUGAGAUUGGCAAAGAACUCACAACAUCUGAAGUGGCUCGUAAUAUCACAGGGAGGGUGACAUCUAAUGGGAGCCAAGCAUUUGUAACCAUGCAUGCUGAUGGAGACGAUGUCAGGAGUGGAGGGCGCCGAGCUGAUCAAGCUUCUGAUGGUGACCCAAGGGAGGCGGGAAACAGCGCUGAGCCAAAGGAGCUGAAAGCGGGAAAUGAAGAUGGGCGGGGAGGCGUCGUGAGGCCCAAGCGCGCAGUCAAGCCCAACCCGAAGUAUUUCGGCUCAACCUGGCAGAACCGCUGAAGCAGAGAAGGCGAGUUGGUGAAACGUUAAAGAAGGGAGGCGUCGGGCACCGUGGGGAUCACUCAAGGAAUAGAACAGGAAGGCCGGCUGCGUCCGGAAUAAGCGGGGUGCUCAUCGCUCGCCCGAUUGUACUCUGUUCUAGAUUCCUGCCACUAUCGUGUUAAACUCCACUGACUCGUGUUAAUUCAGUGGUAAUCCGAAAUUCGUGUAGUAUCGUGACAGACAAGAACACGAAGAUUGCUCCAUAUAGUGAAUGUUCUA